AUGUCACCGGUUGAAAAGGAGUGGGGCUCGGAGUUACAGAUACUUGACGGCCUAUCAGGCACUGUCCAGUCUGUCGUUUUCUCCCCCGAUAGCAAGUUGCUUGCCACAACUUCCUUAGAUGACACCUUACGAGUCUGGAAUGUUUUUACAGGCAUGCCACAAUAUACUGUUUAUGGUCACUUUGGCCUGGACAGCCAGGUAGCUUUCUCGCCUGACGGGCGAAAUCUGGUCACAGUCAAAGAUGGAAGUAUUCAGCUUUUGGAUGCUGCUACUGGUAUAUCACAGAAAGCAAUCCACCCAAAGGCCAAGUCAGAUUCGAUGAAGUCAUUCUCCUUCUCCUCAGGUGGCCAGCUUAUGGCGAUUUCUAAGUUAGGACCUACCUUAAUAAUUUUGAAUAUGAAAACAGGCAGCAUGAAGGAGAUCGACCACUCCUUCAAUAACAGCGUCGGGUAUCAUAAGUUGUCACCCGAUGGUCGAUUUAUAAUCACAAGCUUUCCAAACUUCAAUUGUCUUUCCGACGCCACGACUGGUAUAAUACUCCAGACUUUUAAAGUCGUGGGAAGUUCUGUCUUCUCCCCUGACGGACAGCAACUGGUGUUUCUCGCAGGAAGAGCAAUUUAUAUCUAUGAGAUAUUGACAGCAACCUUAAAGUACACCCACGAGGAACAUGCGAAAUCGAUUAGACUAGCGGUCUUUGCCCCCAAUAGCCAGCUACUUGCUCCUGCGUCUCCUGACUACACUAUAUGUCUCUGGAACACUGCAACAGGAGUACUGCACAAAAAGAUCCAGAGUAACGCAAGAGCACUGUACAAAAAGUUUCAUGACCCUUCAAGAGAGGUCGGAAGAAUGACAUUCUCCGCUGAUGGCCAACUGAUAGCGUCUGCCUUUGAUGAUGGAAACGUAAGGCUCUGGGAUGCUAAUACCGGCGCUCUUCGACAGACUUUAGCUGGACAUAUGCCUUUGACAGCAAUUGCAUUUUCUCCAGAUUCCCAAAUGCUAGCAUUGUGCGCAUCGGACGGUACUGUGCGACUUUGGGGGGCCACCGUGGAUGCAUCACCGCGGGCGCACUCGAUUGGUUCGGACAGUGUGGCAUCGAUGGCUUUUUACACCGACAGUCGGUUCUUAGCAUCUGGUUCUAAACAUGGAACAAUGAAGCUCUGGGAUACUACUGUUGGUACUUUAAAAAAGACGUACCGUGCUGGUACGCACUGGGUUGAUACGAUAGCCCUCUCUCCCGAUGGUCACUUCUUGGCAUCAGCAGAUUUUUCUCGAGUUCGAAUCUGGGAUAGCACCACGGAAGUAGUUAAAAUUACUCUAUGCUGCGAGAACAGGAUAUGCUCAAUGGCAUUUUCUUAUGACGGAAAACUGCUUGCAGUUGCCACUUAUCAUAACUUGCAAUCCAUUGUUGGUGAAUUGCGCGGGGAUCGGUGUCGCGGUAUAAAAAUAUAUGAUACUGCCUCUGGUAAGCUACGGCAAACUGUUGGUGGUCCGAGUCUGGCGAGAGAAAGGGGAGCAGCCACAAACAAGUAUAGAGGCCAGGUAGUGGUAGCUUUCUCGCCCGACGGUCAUUCCUUGACUUCAGUGUCGCAGGAUAGGAUCGUUCGGGUUUGGAAUGUCGCCAUGGGGGCCUUGCAAGAAGAAUACCCUUACCAUUCUUGUCUAGGUAUCGAUUACCUCACCACAAGCAAAAUUCUUUUUGAAAGGCAAAUUAGCAGCAACACUUUUCGUGCCAGUCACCAAAUCCCGCCGACCGGCAUUUUGAUAUGA